GCUCGACGGACAGCUCACUUUACAAAGCGGCGCUCACGGCCUCGGAGCGCCGUGCAGUUCUUGCGCUCGGGACCCUCGCAAGGCAACGGGUUCACAAUCGUGCUCUGAGCUAUGGCUCCUUUCUUACGAAUAUCGUUCAACUCAUUUGAGCUAGGACCAGUGCAGAAUCAAGGAGAACAACUACAGCCCUUCUGUGCAAUAAAAAUGAAAGAGGCCUUGACGACAGAGAGAGGCAAAACCUUGAUUCAGAAGAAACCCACUAUGUACCCAGACUGGAAAUCAUCCUUUGAUGCCCACAUCUAUGAGGGGCGUGUGAUUCAGAUUGUUCUCAUGAAGGCAGCAGAAGAGCCAUUAUCUGAAGUGACUGUAGGUGUUUCUGUUUUGGCUGAAAGAUGUAAGAAAGGCAACGGGAAAGCAGAAUUCUGGCUCGAUUUACAGCCUCAGGGGAAAGUAUUGAUGGCUGUACAAUAUUUUCUAGAAGAUGGAGAUUGCAUGAAGUCAAUAAGGGAAGAUGAUGAAGGAACUGUAACUAUAAAUAGAAGAGGAGCAAUCAAACAGGCAAAGAUCCAUAACAUCAAAAACCAUGAAUUUAUUGCCACCUUCUUUGGACAACCUACAUUUUGCUCUGUCUGUAAAGAUUUUGUCUGGGGGCUAAACAAGCAAGGAUACAAAUGUAGACAAUGCAAUGCUGCUAUUCACAAAAAAUGCAUUGAUAAAAUCAUUGGGAGAUGUACUGGUACUGCUGCGAACAGUAGAGAUACAAUGUUUCAGAAGGAGCGCUUCCACAUUGAUAUGCCGCACAGAUUCAAAGUUUACAACUACAUGAGUCCUACCUUCUGUGACCAUUGUGGGAGUCUUCUCUGGGGACUAGUUAAGCAAGGAUUAAAGUGUGAAGAAUGUGCAAUGAAUGUACACCACAAAUGUCAAAAGAAAGUGGCAAAUCUUUGUGGCAUCAAUCAAAAACUAUUGGCAGAAGCUUUAAAUCAAGUUAGUCAGAGAUCUUCCAGGAAGUCUGAUUCUGGCUCAGUAGAAAGUGUUGGCAUUUACCAGGGUUUUGAUAAUAAACCGAAAGCCUUUGGUGGAGAUUCAACAGAUAGUAGUGAGUAUGAUAGGCUCUGGGAAGGAAGAUCAUUAACUCGACCAUCCAGUAGGAGGAAGUUCAACAUAGACAGUUUUAUCUUCCACAAAGUCCUUGGGAAAGGAAGCUUUGGAAAAGUACUACUUGCUGAGCUGAAAGGGAAGAAUGAAUUUUUUGCAGUAAAGGCUUUAAAAAAAGAUGUGGUGCUAAUUGAUGAUGACGUGGAAUGCACCAUGGUGGAAAAGCGGGUCUUAGCACUUGCAUGGGAAAAUCCAUUUCUUACCCACUUAUAUUGCACUUUUCAGACUAAGGACCAUCUGUUCUUCGUUAUGGAGUUCCUUAAUGGUGGUGACCUAAUGUUCCAUAUACAGGACAAAGGCCGUUUUGAUCUCUUCAGAGCUACGUUUUAUGGAGCUGAAAUAUUGUGUGGCUUACAGUUUCUUCACAGCAAAGGCAUUAUUUAUAGGGACCUCAAACUAGACAAUGUGAUGCUUGAUAAAGAAGGCCACAUCAAAAUAGCUGAUUUUGGGAUGUGCAAAGAGAAUGUAGUUGGCGAGAACAAGGCAACGACUUUCUGUGGUACCCCAGACUACAUAGCACCUGAAAUCUUGCAAGGGCUGAAGUAUACAUUUUCUGUGGACUGGUGGUCAUUUGGAGUCUUGUUGUACGAGAUGCUUAUUGGACAAUCUCCAUUCCAUGGUGAUGAUGAAGAUGAGUUAUUUGAGUCAAUUCGAGUAGAUACACCUCAUUACCCACGCUGGAUUACCAAGGAAUCUAAGGAUAUACUAGAGAAGCUGUUUGAAAGGGAUCCAACAAAACGAUUGGGAAUAACUGGGAGCAUCAGAGACCACCCUUUCUUCAAAGCAAUUAAUUGGACAGCGCUCGAAAAGAGGGAGAUGGAACCACCUUUCAAACCAAAAGUGAAAUCAGCAAGUGACUACAACAACUUUGACAGAGAGUUUUUGAGUGAGAAGCCCCGACUAUCCUACAGUGACAAAAAUCUAAUAGACUCUAUGGAUCAGACUGCAUUUGCUGGGUUCUCUUUUAUUAACCCCAAAUUUGAACGAAUUCUUGAGAAAUAGUUCUUCAAUCAAAACCGAACUCUGAAGUACAAUUGUAAACAGAAGCUCUCAAGCACUCCAUGUGAAAUGUGAUCAGAGGAUACUUUCAUCUCUUUUUCUUCAUUCUGAAUAACACUCAAUAGUGACUAAUUACAUUCUACUGCUAAUUCUUUAGAAACUGGCAGUAAGCUUCAUCUUGCAUGGUUGAGUUUAUAAGUAUCCUUGUGAAUCAUGUGUAAAUGAUUUUCUCUGCAACAGGGAAAAUGUAAAUUGUGUGUUGUUAUUUGAAUGCAGUUAUCUGUUGGAAAAAAUAUAUGUAUAUGCUGUAUAUUUUGCUCAAGUGGCGAAAGAUAGCUUAUGAAGGGUAUUUUAAAUAAAGUGACACAGCUAGCCAGUUCUUUUACAUCAUCAAAUGAAAUAACUUGAAUUUUUAUUCAGUUGAUUCUGGGUUUCAAAUAUUACUAUUUUUAAUUCAUAAGUGCCAUGAAUUGAUAUUGUGCUUUGCAGAGCCUCACUCUAACAAGUUUACAACCUUUAUAAUAAUACUUUUACUUUUUGUCAUUCAUGGAUGAAACCACAUUAAAGAUCAUGGAAGUACUGCAGUUUUUAAAAGAAGUGAGUCCUUUCCCAGUUGGAUUAACUACCAUCACAGACCAAACUCUAUCUGCAGCCCAAAGCAUGUUGAGUAAGAUGCAAGUCCCCCAACUCAGUGGGGUUUACUUCUGACUAAACAUGCAUGGAAGCAGACCUUACAUUUUUGUUAAAGGGAGGUGACAGAUACUGAGAAAAAAAUCUAGCUGGGGCUAUAUGACAAUCUCAUCUCACAUGGUAGGAUUCUUCACAGGGAUUCCUAGGAUGGCUGUUGGCUUGAUUCUAUUUUUUGUUUUGGUUUUUAUCCAGUGCAGGCUAAUAAAGGUUCAGUCACCACUCCAGAGAUUAAGACUGGUUCCCAUAGGAAUAUUUAAAUACAGAGUAUGUGAUAAUCAUUGCUACAUGGGAGCCUGAUAAGAACAGAUUUUUAUACUCGACAGAAAAUUCUGUACAACACGUACAGAAAGUUUAAACUUUGGUUCGGGUUGGGGGAAGAUAAACAAUGCAAAACUGAUGUGUUGAUUUUAGGUUAUUACUUAAUUGUGAAGAUGUAAUGAUGAAAGACUUAAAAGUUUUAAAUAAAAAUAUACAUGCUCUGUUGCUCACUGAAA